AUGGCGGCAUUCGGCAGAGAGCGGUGGUUGAAUGACCUCCCAAACCACGAGAUCUUCCAAAAGAUCCGAUCCAAGUUGUAUUUAGAACCCAACGUGAAUGAAAGAGGGGUCGCUAAAAACCUCACGUUUUGUUUAGGCGGAGAUUUGUUCGUGUGGGACGAUGCCGACCGCGUGUUUUACACGACCAACUUGCGACAUCUCAACACGGAUGAGAGUCUCGGCAACGUCGGCGGGAACCACCAGACCUUGCUGUGCAUCAACCCGCCUCACUUCGAGCUGUGCCAGGUGUUGCUCAGCCCGACUCAGAACCACGUCGCGCUCGUCGGGCUCCGAGGCGUCUCCGUGUUGGAGCUCCCCCAGCGCUGGGGCAAGAGGUCCGAGUUCGAGGGCGGACGGCGCGAGAUCAACUGCAAGACGGUCCCGGUGGCGGAGCGCUUCUUCACCAGCUCGCCGUCCGUGAGUCUGCGGCAGGCGGCGUGGUACCCCAGCGAGACCGACGAGCCCCAUCUGGUGCUGCUCACGUCCGACAACACCGUCCGGUUUUACGGCUUGACGUCGCCACAGACGCCGGCCAAAGUCCUGUCGGUGUCCCAGUCGGAAGAUGACGUGAGCGGCCACCCUCCGGCCCGCUCCUACGCGGCGUCUUUAGGCGAGAUAGCGGUGGCGUUUGACUUUGGGCCGAUUUCUUCCCCUCUCCGGCAGCUCGCUGCACAGUGCUCCAAAGAACAGCUGGUCUACCCUCUGUACAUCCUCUACGAAAACGGGGAGACGUAUCUGAGCUACACGAGCCAGGCCAAGGGGCUGAGUCUAACUAAACCCGUUGGACCCCUCCCGAUGUAUCCUGCAGCGGAGGAUAACUACGGCUACGACGCCUGCGCCAUCCUCUGCCUGCCAUGUGUGCCCAGCAUCCUGGUCAUCGCCACAGAAACGGGCACGCUGUAUCACUGCGUGGUGCUGGAUUCCGAGGAGGAGGAAGAGGCCAGGGCGGUGGACAAGUGGAUCCGAGGCACAGAGGCGGUGCCGGCUCUCUAUGUAUUUGAGUGUGUGGAGCUGGAGCUCACCCUCAAAGUGGCCACAGGAGAGGACGAGGAACCUCAAGAGUUUGAUUUCACGUGCCCGAUCAGGCUGCACAGAGACCCCCUGUGUCAGCAGAGGUACCACUGCACCCACGAGGCAGGAGUGCACAGCGUGGGGCUCAUCUGGGUCAACAAGCUGCAGGCGUUCCUCCAGUCGGGCGAGGAGGAUCAGGACAAUCUCCAGGAGCUGGCCGCCGAGAAGCGCUGCAUCGUAGAGCACAUUCUUUGCACCAGACCGCUCCAGUCGAGUCCGUCGGCUCCAGUUCGUGGCUUUGUGAUUGUGUCUGACCUGUCCCUGGGCGCCACCAUGAUCUGCAUCACCAGUGCCUACGAAUGCAUCCUGUUGCCCCUGCUGAGCUCCAUCCGCCCGCCCUCCCCGCCGCUGCUCUGUACGCAUCCGGGACCGGGCUCAGGGAGCUCCCCUCUGCGCGGACUGGCCGACAACUCCUUUGAGCAGCACAUCCGCAACAUCCUGGCACGCAGCUCCACCAAUCCUCUCGUGCUCAAGGCCGGGGACAAGGACACGUCGCCGCCCCCUCCAGAGUGUCUGCAGCUCCUCAGCAGAGCCACGCAGGUCUUCCGCGAGGAGUACAUUCUGAAGCAGGACAUGGCCCGCGAAGAGAUGCAGAGGCGGGUCAAACUCCUGACCAGCCAGAAGAACCAGCAGCUGGACGAGCUGACUCUGUGCAGGGAGGAGAAGAAGAGCCUGAGGGAUGCAGCGGAGAGGCUGGCCGACAAGUACGAAGAGGCAAAGUAUCGCCAGGAAACCAUCAUGAGCGCGGUGAAGAAAGUGCUGGGCAGCCUGCAAAGCCGCCUGCCCGUCCUGUCAAACAGCGAGAAGGACAUGAGGAAGGAGCUGCAGACCGUCGGCGAUCAACUGAAACACCUGGACAACUGCAUCGAACAGGUGAACAUGAAGAUGGAGUACCAGACGACACAAGUGGACAAGGACGCGCCCGCAGCCAGGACGACGGUCUCGCUCAACGCCCAACAGAAGAAGGUGGUUCAGGAUGUCCUCCGAGAGCAGGGGCAGCAGAUCGGUGACAUGAUGAAACGGAUCAAAGACAUCAAGAACCACUUCAGUUUCUAAGCACUUCAGAAAGCGGGAAAAGAAAAUUGAAAAGAAAACAUUGAAAAUAAUCAAACGCUUGUUUUACUGCAGUGAUUUAAAUCUGCUGUUUGUGACAUUUGAUGAGAAGCUUGUUGUUCUGCUUUUGUUAUGACUUAAUGUGCCCUGAGUUCACCUGAUAUUUGAAUUGAAAGAUAUUUUUACAUACUCUUGUCUAACUUUACCUUUUGAUACGACAUGAUGUUUUUCUCUGACUGGGUAUAUGUUUUCCUUCAUGUCUUGCAUAAUGUUCAUCAUACUUAAGCGUUUCUAAAUGUUAGGGUUUGAGUCGGUGCAGAAGAUGCCAUGUAUAGGCAGGACGUGUGUGUGUGCUUUUCAACAUUGUUUGCUCACUUUUUGGCUUGACAAUAAAAUGUAAAGUUCUCUAAC